ACCUAAUUAUCGCCGCCGCCAACCUCCAUCUCCUAACUUCAACCACCAUCUUCAACACCAACUGUUCUUCGAUUCAACAGCAACAAUGGACGAGCAGAAGUUGUUAUUAGAGUGUAGCAACAAUGGACGAGCAUCGGUUGUUCUUCGAGGAGAAACAGAAGUCGCCGUCUCCGCUCUUCUUCCUAGGUCUUUAUUUUUGCCGAUAAACAAGCAGCUGAACCCUGACCCAAUUGGAUCCUCACCUGGCGUAUGGAUUUCUGGAGCUGAAUCUUUUUCCCUUUUCCAAUUUCAACUUUGUAAAAGAAAAAGAAAAACGGUGAUGGGCGGUGGUGGAAGUUGUGUGGCGGCAUGAUAAGUUAGGAAAGAUGAAUUAGGUUAAAAAAUAUGUUUAGAAGAUGAAAAACAAAAAUCCAAAAAGGUCCUUAAUUUUUAUUUAAAAUUUUAUAUGGUAUAUGAAGUUUUAAAAUCAUAAAUGCUAAUUUAAAGAAAGAAAUUAAUAUUAAAGACUACUUUGAACCUUUUACCUUUUAUUCAUGGAGAGCGAAAUACACUUGAGGAGGUGAGAGUGCGGGAAGCUAAUUGAUCCAGUUUCGUGACUUUGGGCAUGUUUGAUAUUUCAUGCCAAGUUGAGGGGGGUUUUUGAUCCUUUGUUCAAUAUUUUUGCCUGUAAUUUCCAUUCAACUAGUUAUGGUAUUCGCAUAUCUGAUCAGGGAAAUGUAAAAAAGCAGAAGCAGCCACUAAACUGAACUGAAGCAUUUCCAAAAAUGGCGGAACAAUUCUUCAGUGGCGGUCAACUGGAAAUUACGGUCCGCCGUUGCUGUCCAAUUACGCUUCUCUCCGGUCCUCCUUCUAGCGGGAAAACGUCGUUACUCUUUCAGCUGGCAUUAACCGCCGCGAUAGCUGCUGAGCAAGGUCCAAACUCCGUCGUAUUCAUAUGCAACCGCAGCAAGCUAGAAACUAAACCGCCUUACCUAUCUCAGGGCAUCGAUCCAUCUUCUGAUGCCUUCGGACGCAUUCAAAUGAAGUAUGUAGAUGAUGAUGAAGGGAUCAAGAAGUACUUUGCUGCAUUCCACUUGUAUGAUACAUUUCCGUCAGUUGUGAUUAUUGAUGAUUUUGGAGACUUUUUUACUGAAAGGAGCUGCCAGGAGAAAUAUGGGAAUCCUCGAGGAAGAGACUUAGCGAUGGCUCGGAUUCUUGCUUUGUGCCACAAUGCUAUAAUGCAUGCAAAUGAGAAAGGAGAUUGCAAGCUUUUUCUUUCUGAUACGCAACAUGGAGAUCCCCCGAGGUUGCUCUUUAUCUAUAAAAGAUGGGUUUCAUCCAUUUUUACCAUUAAAGGUGAUGGCAAAGGAUCAUUUCUUCUAAGAAAAAACAUCAAUUCAGGAAGUGACAACAACUCUGCGAGGACAAAAACUGCAAAGUACUCCAUAGCACUUCAAUAUCUAUGUUUGGAGGGGAUCAUUGAGGACGAUGACAAUAAAUCAUGAUGUUGUUCGCUGCAAUAUAUAGUAAGUAACGUAUGAUAUGCAGAUUAAAUUACAGUAAUAAUUUUGUGAUAAUGUCUGAGGAUAUGUUUAGUUUGUUCAGCCUUGGGAACUGUUAGGUGAAUUCAGGUCUAUUUUAGAGCUUUGUUUUUCAACCAUUUGAUCAGCUUUAACCUCUCCCAACCUCUAAACCAAACAAAACAUGGCCUUAUGUGUUUUCUUCAAUCUUAAUUCUGGUUAUAAAGGUGUUGACACUUUUUAAUUAAAAAUCUCAUAUUUAGUACUGUAUACAUGCAGCAUGCUCCAAUCCAGGGGAUAAAAGAAACGGCUAAAUAGUUGAUAUUUGAAAGAAAAAACACACACAUACAUUUCACAGUUAAUUAUUCAGUAUAUUUAAUAAAUAUAUAUUCUAAGAAACAUAUUCACAGAAUUUUUAUGAAUACUGAAGUCUUCGGCACUCAGGUACGCUGAUACUCAGGCUCACAGAACUCUCCUCCUAGAUCGUCACAAGCCUCAUCCAGGAACACCCUAUAACAAAGCAUCAAAGAGCAGAUCGUUGUUAAUAGAUUAAUUCCAUAUCUUGUUCAAUUCUAAAGUUUGCUAAUUGAAGGACCUAUAUGUAAAAAUUUGUAAGCAUGGGAUAUUAAGAUCAUACGUCUUCGGACCGUCAUACUCUAAGUACUCUCUAUCUAUCUGCUCUGUUGCAGAGUUAACAGUGGUGCUUUUGGCUUCUGGCUUGAGCUUGGCCUCGGGAUACAUUUCAACAUCGCAAACUUCCCCUCCUAUUGUCUCGCAAGCUUCAGCUGGAAAAACACUGCAAUGAAUUCAAAUUGCAUCCUACUAGUUAACUACCAAAAAUCAAUUACGUUGAUAGUGAAAAAUGACAAGACAUACGAAGAAGUCAUGGAGCUGUAAUCAACUGUUGAUGAAUUGUCGUUGGCAACUGGUGCAGUAGCUCUAAUUGGAGAACAUCUUGAAGUCUUUAACUUUUGGAUGCACCUCCGUGGCAAGGUGGUCGACAUUUUAGCUGCUGGUACAGUGUAGAAGGGUCUUGGCGCUAGAUGCAAAGUCGCCUGCAUUUUUUCUUUUCCGUUGUUUAUUUGCAAAGGGUGUUUGAAAUUGAUGCGGCUACUGGAAGAAGAGGAUCCAAAAUAAUAAAUAUGUUGGUGAGAUUAGGUUGCGAAGAUAUUUUCAGUGAAUGGAUAAGGCAUCUGAUUGAGAAUGUGGUGGUGAACUCUUUAGAGCUUUGGAUAUUUAACUUUGGUUUUUAAAUGUUUCAGUAAUCGGCAAAAUGACAAGGAUUGACUUGUAAGUUUUCGUUUAUUUGUAUGCAUUAUCCGACUUGAUGUAACACUUUUUUUUAAUAUAUAUUUCCAUUUUAUGUAGAAA